AUUGAAUACACUUGAAACUAGAACAGAUUCACACGUGUUUAUAUACUUGUUCAACUACGACACAAUAUUUGUAGGAGAUCCUUUUAGUGAAUUUUUUCCAAAGUGAUUGGUUUGGAACUAAGUAUGGAGGAGCAACAAGUUAACCCUGUUACAAAUGGCGACAAACCAGAGGAAAUAGUCAUUGAAAGUGCAACCCCUCAAGAUAUUGAAAUUAAGGUAGAUGGAAAUACGGAAAUGAGUGUUCGAGAGAAAGAACUUUUGGAUACAGUGUUCCAGCUGGAAAGCGAUAAAUCGGCAUUGAUUGAGGAAACACGUACAAAACUGAGCCAAGCCAAAAAGGAAUAUGAGGACUGUCGUCAAGAAAAUGAAAGGCUUAAAAAGAAAAACACUCAAUUGGAGCAGACGCUUAUCCAAAAAGAAGCACAAUCAACGGAGCCAAAAUCCAAAAAAGAACAAGAUGAACUCCUAUUGAAGGCGAAAACUCUUUUAUUUGAAAAAACGAAAGUUUGUAAACAACAAGAACAACACAUUGCAGUUUUGAAAACCCAAGUGGACUCAGUUAAGGAAGUUCUUGCUGUAACAAAAGAAAUGUUAAAUUUACGAAACACAGAAUCGGAUCAUAUACAAGAACGCUUGAAAACGAUCGAAACUUGCCGACAAGCUGAGAAAGAACGUACAGCACUGUUGGAAAGGAAGUUGGAAAUAUCACAAGAGGCAUACAAAAAACUGAGGCAAGAAUACGAUUGCCAAUCAUCGCUUAAUAAGGAGCUGAAAAUUAACUAUCUGUUGAAGAUUCAACUGUUGACUGAUGAACUGGAAAAAGCCAAAGGCGGUACUGUUGCAGAAGUCAAACAAUGAUGGCAUUUUAUAACAAAUAACGUGUUAUUUCAAAUGAGUGAACAAGUGUAAUCACUAUUUCAUAGGAAGGAAAUAAAUCUACUGACUUGUAUAACUAUAAAGA